GUUGAAUAAUACGGAGAUAUGAACUCUGUUAUAUUUGCAUUAUUAAGCUGUGCAUCGCGGCAACAUAUCAAGUUUCAUAUCAAAUUUCAUAAGCAGAAGCACAUGUUUCGGGUGACAAAAGCCAAAAAGUCUUUUAUCCCGAUGGCUUCGAAGGAAACACCGAAAAAAAUUUAUCGAGCAAGAAAUUCUUCGAUUGACCCGUUGUCCUGUAGACUUUGUCGAUCUAUUGGUGACGCGAAUCAUCGCAAAAAUUUAUUUAGUACACUAAACGAAGAAUUAUUGAGGACUGUAGAGCAAUUGUGCGGCCAUCCGUUGUUGCGAGAUCCAAGUUUGCCUCAUCUGUUGUGUCGACCAUGCGAGCGCAGACUAAAGCACAUUAAAGAAUUUCGAGAAGUUGUAAGAAAAACACAGAACGAAUUUCGCCAGCAACAACCUUGUGAAACAAGAGUGAAACGGUGCCUAGAAGCCUCACCGUCGGCAUCCCAACCACCAAGAACUCGUUUGCACACAUCUGGGCCUUCAGCAAGAACUUCGCUCAAUUUUGGGGUACAAGUUCCAUCUUCUGAUAAAGAGAAUAUAACUGCGUUGGAUGAAAUAUUAAACGAGGCGAACAGAGAACUGAUUAAUAUUGCCCGUAAAGACGAGCCAUCCGUGCUAAGGAAUGGAACAUACGCAGGAUUAAGUCAGUCAAACUGGAUGACAGAAGUGGUAAAUGAGCUCUCGACGAGGUGUCCUAAUGUUGCAAAAAUAUUGUCAAGUUUGCUCGAUUGUUCUAUUUUGGAUGCAGGAAAUAAACUACCGCCAAUUUCCCUAAUUUACGGCAUUAUCAUGUUUGUGAGAUGUCAUCACUUGAGCCGCAUUCAAAGAAUCAACACCAUUCUUCUGACAGAAGGGAAAGCAACUAAAAAUUUGAUUGAUCGAUUCAACAAAUAUGGGCUCUGUUUGAGUUUUUCUAACAAAUAUGUUGUGCUUGACGAUAUUGGGAAACAUUUUUUGGAUCGUGCUGUCGAGUUGGUCAAAUCUGGGAUGAAAUUUGUCUAUGUGGUUGAUAACAUAGAUUGGGAAGAGAAAGUGCAUGACAUGAGAGCAGACCAUCAAAACAAGAGUGUGCAUGCAUGUGCAACUAGCAUGGUGUUCAACAGAGUGCCAAGUGACCACUUACCUGACAAUGGUCCACAGAAAGAUAUCGCAACUUGCAAUUUUCGUGAAAUUGUUUCAUUGUCAGAUGCAGAAAUGACAACAAUUCGGAAUCGGUAUAAAGUAUUCAUUGCGAGAAUCCUGGUUCAAAAGUUCACUGAACUAUUUGGUUUAAAGUCCUACAUUCCAGAGGAUCUUGUACUUCAUGAAAAUUCUGAGAAGACAGCUUUGAAAUCCGAAAUUAUGACCCUUCCAGUUCUCAUGAAGGAUGAAAAAAAGUACAGUGACUGUGUGGAUGUUUUGGAUCAAUUGGAGCAAUGGACAGAGGAUGUGUGCAAAGCUAGUGGCAUAUACAACUUUGAUCAAUCUCCAUCUACAGCUUCCCAUCCUAUUGUUCAGGUGCCCACACGCCCAGAUCAACCACGAUCACAUAUCCCACCAGUUGGUUCCCAAACUGAUCCUUUAGAAGGUGUGAAAAUUCCCUGUUUUGGUGAUGAGUUGACCCGAGUAAGGUUUGCUGGAGCACGAGAUCUUCGCUCUGGAUGCCAUACACCCAAACAACGACUGGAUCAUUUGUACCCGUAUCGCAUUGUUGGAUGGCAUGCUAAAAGAAGUUUCUUAAAGUCUGUCUUCAAAAGACUCUACAAGAACUCUGGAAGAGAAGCAGGUACCAUUAGAUACUUCCGAGAGGUACUCAACAGGAGAAAUGUUACAGUCGAUAUAAAACAUUAUGAAGACUGUGAGCAGCUGUUCAUGAGUGUUGGCAAUUGCUAUCUUGUUGAAGCAUUGCUAGAGUUCUUCAAGAUGGAAAAUGUAAACGAUUCUCCAAAGGAAAAUAAUCCAUUGCCUGAUCAAGAGGAUUUGAGUGAAGAAGAAAAAAAAACCCACCUAAUGACUGUCUUAGACAAGUUCUUGGAUGAGUAUGUUUUCCAAGACACUUCAUGCAGCGAUGUUGACAGUUUAGAGGAAAAUAUCUCAGACAACAACUCAUCAGAUGGCAUUUUUAAUUAUUCUGUCAAUCUUCUUCGAUCCUUCAUGGUUCUAUUUGAUUGCAAAGAUGCAGUGGCAUAUGGGAAUGGAGAACAUUUGGCAUUAAUCCAGAAACAGAUGUUGUAUUACUUCUCAUCUGUUUCUGGAUUUAAUGUAUAUGCAAUUGAAAUGCUAGUUACCACCAUCCAGAAUGAAGUUUUACUCUCACCUGCUGAGUCACAUCUGUGUAAAUGGGCUGCACUAGUCAACUGGAAGGAGGUGGUGGUAAAAACAUUGAAAUAG